AUGAAGCUCCGAACGAUACCAAGGCUAGAUCGGCUCGUCUCAGCUGCUGCCUUGUCGCUUUCAAUCGCGGUCUUCCCCUGUCUGAUCGUGAUAUUUGUCAGCUACUCCUCACCCUCCACAUCCCGCGAGCUUUAUUUUCUCAAGGUCGACCAUUUAUUGUCCCGCGGGUCUAUUGGGAUUGAGGAUGUGGGUUCCUCGGCUAUUGUUCAUGACGGAGCAAAUGCGGUCAACAAUGUGCCCUCGACUGCCCGGGAGAGUGCAGAUGAAGCAUCUUCGAAAGCAUCUUCAGCGAUCCAUCAUACCAUCCAAUCAGAAGCUGAUAAGCUGAAAUCCCACAUUCCACAACACUACUUAGUGGGUCUUUGGAGCUAUUGCACAUCUGGACAUAACUCUGAGUCCACCUGUUCGGACCCUAGCUUGACAUUUGCUUUUAAUCUUUCUUCCACACUUGGAUCUAAUGUGGCAAAAAUGGACGAGGUGCUCCGACCGGUAGACGAGUCUACAAUAUCGGGUUAUCGCCAGAUCUCUCACGCCAUUAUCUACCUCUACAUCUCUGGACUCGUUGGAAAUACGCUAGUAACCGCCCUUGGCAUUCAAAAAACAUUCUUUAACAGAGGGGACAGACUUUUAUCUAUCCUCAGCCCGCUCUCGGCCCUUUUUAUCACGACCGCUACGGUUGGGGUUACAGUGGCGAAUCAAGGCCAUCCUCGGCUCACGCCUUUUUGGGGCCGCAUGGUUGGCAGUUUUUUUAUCUAUCGCAACAUCGAUCACUUGGUUGAUACAGCUCUUUUGUUGCUGUAUUUGAUGCCGCCUUUGGGCGAAGACGACUAG